UUUUUUUUUCACGACGAAAGUUCGAAUAAAUUUUUUACACAAGCAAUAGCUCCAAGAUUUCUCCCAAUCCUAAAAUACAACCAUUGCCGUCGCGAAGAGAGCUCUGCAGGACAACACAUAUAUUGUUAUUAUACUCCUGCAAUCAUGCCUCUCUUCGUUCUCGCAGAGACGCCUGCGGGCUACGGUCUCUUCAAGGCCAAGGACAAGAAGUUAUUAUCACGAGAUGAUGUCCAGAAGCAGCUUUCCAGCGCCGAGGCCAUUAACUCGAUGCUAUCGCUCAAAAAGAUGAUCAAGUUCGAAGACUCGGCUCAAGCCUUGGGUGAAUACACUGCUCUUACAGAAGGAAAAGUCACCCCGAUGUUACAGAAUCUACUCGACGAUAUAAAGGAGGAACGAAAGGCGUCGCUUGCUGUGGCUGAUCCGAAAUUGGGUGCCGCAAUCAACGUUUUGCCCCAGUUGAACAUCACUCCAGUAUCCGAUUCAUCUACCAAUGAUCUCUUCCGCGCCAUUAAGACCUAUCUUCCUGAGCUUUUCCCUGAGCUAGAAAGCGACUACUUGGGCAACAUGGCCCUUGCCCUGUCGCACUCCAUUUCUCGCCAUAAGCUUAAGUUCUCCCCUGAUAAGGUGGACGUUAUGAUUGUCCAAGCUAUCAAGCUUCUCGACGAUCUGGACAAGGAGUUGAACAACUAUGCUAUGCGAGUCAAGGAGUGGUAUGGAUGGCAUUUCCCUGAGUUGGACCGCAUUGUGCAAGACAACCUUGCCUAUGCUCGCAUCAUCCUCACCAUGGGAACGAGAGAAAACGCCCCCAAUACCGACUUUUCUGAAAUCCUACCUGAUGAUAUCGAAGCUCGCGUCAAGGCAGCUGCAGAAGUCAGUAUGGGUACUGAAAUUCUUGAAUUUGAUUUGGAAAACAUCAAGCUCCUUGCUGAGCAGGUCAUCAGCUUCACUGAGUACCGACAGCAGCUCUCCCAGUAUCUGACAUCGCGUAUGAAGGCAAUUGCCCCCAACCUAACAGAGCUUCUUGGCGAGUUAGUUGGUGCUCGUCUUAUUGCCCAUACCGGUUCUCUUCUGAAGCUGGCAAAGAGCCCUGGUAGUACCAUCCAGAUCCUAGGUGCGGAAAAGGCGCUUUUCCGUGCUCUGAAGACCAAGCACGACACUCCCAAGUAUGGUCUUAUCUACCACUCAUCUCUUGUGGGACAGGCCACUGGUAAGAACAAGGGUAAAAUUGCCCGUACUCUGUCUGCUAAGGCCGCUUUGUGUCUACGUGUCGAUGCUCUUUCUGAGCUGAGCACCGAGGGUGCCGAUGGCGAGGAUAUCCCAGUGGACGACGAGGAGAGGGCCGAUAUGGGUAUCCGUCUUCGUGCACUACUAGAGGAUAAACUACGAAAGUUAGAAGGCAAGCCAUUGGUGUCUAAGGGUACCAAGAUUGCUCCCAAUGGUGCUACACCAUCCAAGUUCGAGGUUAAAUCGACGCGAGGCUAUAAUGCCGAUGCCGAUGCUGUUGCCACGUCGGCCAAGAAGACAACUAGCAAGCCCUUAAUCCAAGAAGUUGAGGACACUCCGAUGCAAGACGCGGAGGACGAGGAUGAAUCCGAAGAGGAGGAUUCGGAUGUAGAUAUGAACGGCACUAAAACUGCCAAGUCAAAAGAGAAGACACCGAAGAAGGAAAAGCACUCGGCAAAGAAGGACAGGAGCAAGAAGGCUACCAACGAGGCCGAGGCUACUCCUACGCGACCUGCUAAGCUGUCCGAGGCCGACUAUGAACGACUAGCAGAGGCAGCCGGUAUCUCGGUCUCCAAAUUCAAGCGCAAGUACGAGCGUGGCGAUGUGAAGGUGAAUGCCGACGGAACGCCACAAGUUGUCAGCAAGAAGGAGCUCAAGAAGUUAAAGAAGGCCGAAUCUAAGGCUGCCGAGGAAACGCCUUCUAAAGGCGAGGCUGACGCAGACUCCAAGAAGAAGCGAAAGCACUCGGACGAUAGCCCAGAGAAGAAAAGCAAGAAGAAGUCGAAGAAGGAAAAGUCCUCGUAGAUGUUACUCAUAACUCUUCUUCGUCUGUACUAUAAUUAGUAAAAGCGCGAUUCUUGCAAUCAUGGACGACGGCGUUCCGGUGGUCAUACCAGGGGUCAGUGUUGGAGUUGGUUGGCUUCUUUAGAUAGCUAAUUAGAUGGAAGCUAUCAAGACAGUUUUGUGAUUCUAAGUUGAACCGAAUUUCAGGCACUUCCAGUUGAUGUUUUCUACCCACCCAGUUAUUUGUACUCGAGAAUAAGGAAUACCUACUCGGGAAGAGAUAUAUCUUGAAGGACAAAAGCCUAAGAUACUCCCAAAGCUAUCUAAUGCUGACCCCGAUUGGGAUAGCAGUUGCAUCUAGUCUCCAUAUUGAGCCAAUGUUAGUCAAUCAACGCUUAUUAUUUUCCA